UGAGAGACAGAGCGUCGUGUGACGUCUUGUUGAUGUUGUUGCCGUAGAGGAAGAUGGCGGCUCGCUGGAGUAGUGAGAAUGUGGUGGUGGAAUUGCGAGAUGCGCAGGCCACUGCCAUGUCUGUGGACUGCCUGGGUCGACAUGCUGUCCUGUCAGGACGGAGGUUUCUGUAUGUGGUGAACCUGGAGACUCCGUCUGAAGCUCCCAGGAAGAUUGUCAGACCGAGCAAAUGGGACGUGGGGACCGUUCAGUGGAACCCCCACAAGGCAGAGUCCCACGUCUUCGCUGCCUCUAGUAACCAGCGAGUUGACCUGUACACAUGGCGUGAUGGCUGUGGGGAGGUCCACGCGACCCUGCAGGGACACACACGAGUCAUCAGUGACUUGGACUGGUCCUGGUUCGAACCGGAGUAUCUGGUCACCAGCUCUGUAGACACCUACAUCUGUAUCUGGGAUACCAGAGACACGAGGAAACCUACUGUGGCGUUGUCUGCAGUGGCGGGAGCGUCCCAGGUAAAGUGGAACAAGCGUAAUCAGUACCUUCUAGCCUCCAGUCAUGAUGGAGAUGUUCGCAUCUGGGACAAGAGGAAACCCAACACAGCUGUGGAGUAUGUUGCAGCUCACCUGUCUAAAAUCCACGGUCUGGACUGGCACCCUGACAACGAAUACAUCCUGGCCACGUCCAGUCAGGACAACUCCGUCAGGUUCUGGGACUACAGACAGCCCAGGAAGUAUCUGAACAUCCUGUCCUGUCAGGUUCCUGUGUGGAAGGCCAGAUAUACUCCUUUCUCCAAUGGCCUGGUGACAGUGAUGGUUCCCCAGCUGAGACGUGAGAACAGCUUGUUGCUAUGGAGCGCUCUGGACCUCAACAGCCCCGUCCACGCCUUCGUGGGACACGAUGACGUGGUGCUGGAGUUCCAGUGGCGUCCGCAGAAAGAAGCUUCUAAGGAGUACCAGAUGGUGACUUUGUCCAGAGACCAGACUCUGAGAAUAUGGAGGCUGGAUCCACAGCUACAGAAGCUGUGUGCCAAUGACCUGGUAGAGGAUCCGAUAGAGGGCAUCAGCCUAACUACCGAGUCAGAGAAGAGCCUUCCCUCUCAGGACCCUGAACCCACCAUACACAGCUGUGGCCUGCCAGCCGAACACCUGCAGGACCAGGCUGGUGCUCUGACCUCCGGUGGUAGACAUGACUCUUCUGCUCUGCCCCAGACACUGCAACAGGAGUUCUCUCUGGUCAACCUGCAGAUCAGAAACGUCAACGUGGAGAUGGAUGCAGUGAACCGUAGCUGUGUGGUGUCAGCCGUGUUCGGGACCAACCAGGUCCACCUGGUGGUGAAGUUCCCUUCCCACUACCCCAACAACGCUGCUCCAUCCUUCCAGUUCAUCUCCCCGACCACCAUCCCCACAGCCAUGAGGACCAAGAUACAGAAGAUCCUGACAGACACGUCACUGCAGAAGGUCAAGAGGAAUCAGAACUGUCUGGAGCCCUGUGUUAGACAGCUGGUGUCCUGUCUGGAGUCUUACAUGACCCAGGAGGAUGGUAGUGCUGCCAACCCGUAUGUCCUGUCUAACCCCGUGACCCCUGCUCUGCCAGCCUUCCCCCGGGUCACCAACACCUACGGCUCCUACCAGGAUGCCAACAUCCCCUUCCCUCGUACCUCCGGGGCUCGCUUCUGUGGCACCGGCUGCUUGGUGUACUUCACAAGACCCAUCACUAUGCAUCGCUCGGUACCACCCACUGAACCCACACCCAGGUCCCUGUCAGCCCUGUCUGCGUACCACAGUGGGGUCCUGACUCCCAUGAAGAUGCGUAGUGAGUCUCAGAGCUCUCUGAGGCUGUACAGUGGCAGCCCCACCCACACGGACAAGGACCAUGUCUCCAUAUCAUCAUUCUACUACAAAGAACGGUCUGAAUGUGAACGACAUACAGGACACGUGUCAGAAGAAUGCAGCAGCAGCUCUGGUGGUGGGACGCAGAGACGUGGCUAAGGUGUGGGCCCUGGCCUCGGCUGCCACCAGCCUAGAACUCAGUCCUGACUCUGACCCUGAUGCAGACGCUCCCUGGGCCAGACAUCCGUUUGGACGCCACCUGCUGGAAACUCUUCUGGACCACUACAGUCUGAUGAG